AUCACGUGACAAAGCGCGCGAAAGAAAAUAAUCAACAACAAAUAGUGUAGCUACACAAUGUCGCAGGGAAAAGUCACCGACUUUUUCUCCACGAGAAAAAGAAAUCCUGGUUCGCAACCAUCAAAAAGAAGGAAGGUUGAGAUUCAAGCAUCGGAGGUUGAUUUUUCAACGCUGGAAAAAACGAACAUUAUUCCGUAUCAAAAUAUUGUCCAGAACACGCAUGAUUUGCUUGCAAAUGUCAAUCCCCAGCCAGUUGAUGAGAGAAAAGAAAAUGUAUUUUCACCAGUUACGACAAGGUCAACAAGACGAGAAAAGGCGGUCAAAGAAGUCGGUUCAGUUACCAAAAAGACCACAAGAACUCGUAAGGCGAAAAUUGAUCCAAAGCAAAAGUUGAUCGCAGAUACAUUUGCUAAUCGCCCUGAAGAAAAAUCCACCAUUGCUGAAGAUGUGACUUCCUCUUGGGAUGAACACGAUGGAGCCCCAGCCACUCCGCAGAAGCCUGAGGCAGAGUCUGAAACUGAGACAAAGACCCGAAAAAGGACGCGUCUAGGGAAGACUGUGCAAAAGGAUGACGCUACAAAGUCUGAUGAAGCCACUCCUGAAAAGCGCCCUGUACAGGCCGUGGAAGAAACAGUUGCUCCAACAAAGAGCAGAGCCAGAAGGAAGCUAGCUGUUGUAGAAAAGCCCGCAGAGUCAGAUGUUGCUUCUAAAGAACCGGCUGAAAAGGAAGUUCCAUGCCCUGAGCAACAAAUCGAACAACCAACAGCUAUGAAGGCGGUUGAUGAAAUUGCAACCAAACUUGAGAAAGUGGAAGCUGUUAAGCAAAAAGCAUCUAAGAAAAUGGAUGCAGCAGACAUAAAGAACAAGCUUGCUAAAGUGACCAACCUCGAUGAUCUUAAAAAGCGACUCGCUGACAUGAAGGAAACUCGAAAAAAGAUCAAAGUUCCUGCUCCAGCUUUAAAGAAGUUUGAUGAAAUUAAAAUAGAAGUAGAUGAUAAAAGCGAUGUCAAGCCAAAGGUGCCAGCCUAUGAGAGAUUCCACCACCUGACUACAGAAUCCCCGCCAACCCUGACGCUGCCCUACAAAUACCGCUUGCUGUCUGAACACUUCCGGGGUAUGGACCAGGUGGUUAGCAUUCUUCACAAUCGCAAUGAGGUCUGCACCUUCUCCAAGCUGAAAACCGCUGUACAGGAGCUCAAUAAAAGGAAUUUCGAGGAGCACCACUUGGGUCAGAUCAAGACAGUGUUUCCUGAAGCGUACGAGUUGAGACAAGAAAAGGGGCUGCCAAACGCACAGGGAUUCCGUAACCCUGGUUACCAGCUCACCGUGGAAGCCAGGCCUCAUCCAAAUGAAGAGACAGGGGCCAGAGGCACAUUUAAGGCUUCAGAUCUUCUUACUAGAAGGAACCACUUCAACAAUAGUCUGAUCAAUGUUGUCAAGAAACAUCACAAGAAAUUUUUGGCAAAUUUGGAUAGACCCUUGUCAAUCCCAGAUGAGAAGAUAACACGUUGGCACCCGAGGUUUCCUCUGGAUGAGGUACCAGAUAUCGACAUAACACCCUUGCCUAGCCCACCGGACGUUCAAAUGUAUCAGACAGCAAGGGACGUCCUGGAAAACACUUGCGGAAAAACACUGUCUCCAAAAGUCGAGGCUGCCUUGAAGUCAACAGCCGAUGAGGCAGAGAAGUCAAAACCUGCCCCAAAACCUACCCCUACCACAACCCCAGUGAAAGCUGACCCAUCUGUCAAGGGCAUUCCACAGUCAUUGUUGGAGAAGAUACGGUCAAAGGAAGCUGCCAAGGCUGUGGAGUCACUCACCAGGGAUCCUAAGGCAGAGAAACGAGUGGUGAUGUUGAAGAGAUUGCCUGACAUCAUGAGAAUCAUCCGGUCACAGUUUGUAACCGAUAAGAAGCCAGCUUUACCAAUAGAUUCUGUUAUUCAGCGGAUUCUAGACAGCUACAAGUCCUGCAUUGCUCAAGGUGAUGUAGAGCCGCAUAUCCAGCUGUGUAUAGAGGUGGUGCCAGAGUGGCUUAGCAUGGUCACCAUUCAGAAGGGCCGCUACCUCAAAAUGGAUAGAAAUAUUGACCUUCAGACCCUAACUGACAAGGUCACCAACAUCGCCAAGGGCAAGCAGUGAUAGAACCUAGCUCGGAUCCGGAAACAAGAAUGUGAAGGAGCUUGAGAUCCAAAUAUGUGUCUAUCUUUUAGAACUGGGCCAGUGGGAAUCAAAGCUCAAACUUUUUAUUUUUUCAUCGUUGUAGAUGCAUGUUUUUUGUAUUAGAAUCACUACAGGUUUAUAUUGAAUCAUGACCAAAGAUUUGUAAGUAGGGUGAUGCUGUAUAAACAUGUUAAUAAAAAAGGUUUUGUGAUUCAUAGACUUGAGGAUUGUUGAAAAAAAAAAAAUGCUUGAAAUAAAAAUCCAUUUUGUGUUAAAGUGCACUCAAAAAUCUCUUUAAUAGUUAACAAAGAUAAUUAAUAAAACUAAAUUGUGUUGUACAAUGUGUACUUGUCAGAUUCUAGUCUUGAAAAGUAAAUGUGUGUUCUUACUAAUCAUGUUUAAUUUGAAAAUGUGUGUUAAAUGUCAUUAUCAAAAUCAUGUUGAACAUCGUUUCUUUGAAAAAAAAUGCCAUCAUUUCACAGUGUUAAACAAUGUUGACUUAGGAAUAUUUAUAUUUAGACAAGAGUUCUAAUAUAAAAAUCAGGAGUAACAGAUUUUAUCUGAGCACUGUUUGAUGUUAUGUUUAAUGGGAUUUAUUUAGCUUCCACAGUUUUGGCUGGUUAAAUCUGGUUGUUCAGUUUCAUAUCGGUCUGUAAUUAUUGCACUUGAGACAGAAUGUUCCCAGCUUCUAGGAGAAUUUCAGUUGGUGUUAUCAAAAUGUGUUAGUGUAAGAACUGCUAGAAGUCUUCUCAUAGAGCAUAUGGAAUGUGUCUUUUAUAAUAAGCAUAUAUUUUUUACAAGUAUUUAUUUCUAACAAAUUGAUUUAUUGUUCAUUUUUUACUAACACAAAUUUUAUGAUUUUUAUCUUGCUGUCAAGUUUAUUUUAUGGAUGUGCUGAGUUUGCCAAACUUUUACAUGGAGACCAACUAUGAUUUUAACAUUUUAUUGAACUUAUUCUAUGAAACAAGACCUGUUACAUGGUUAUUGUUGACAGCAUACUUCAUGGCCAGAAAUUCGGUAGAAAUUUUAAGUACCAAAAACAAGGUUCUUUCAUUUAAUUUGUUCAAAUUGGGUUUUUUUCAAAUUUGAAACAUGCUUUCUUUUUCAGGAAUAGAACUUUUUUAACUGGACUGUUUGGACAUUUCAUAACCUAACAUCUAUGAUUGUUUCUAUUUACAAAAGCUUCUGUUUAUGUAUAAUUGAUCUCAUGAUCAUAUAUAGCUUGACCUUAUGAUGACUUUCAGUAUUUUGUCCUCCAAAUUUUUAACGAGCUUGCAAAGUAUUCACAUGUGUGUACCGGUAUACAUUGACAUUUCUAUGUAAAUAAAUAUGGAAACCUGAAUAAUCAUAAAUAGUGCUUAUUACCAUACAAGGUUUGUUUAAGGAAAAAUAUUUUUCUAUCAUGGUUUGUUGUUAAAUAACCCACAGUAAGGAGUAUAGAUGCGUAGGAAUUAAAUCACGAGUGCGAAGCACGAGUGAUUUGAUAACACGCAUCUAUACAACUUACUGUGGGUUAAUCGACAACAAACCAUCAUAGAAAAAUAUUAUUUCGAUUUUAACAUGAUUCUGAUUGAUUUGGUUCAAGCUUUAGGACACGAACUAUAUUUUUCAAUACUCCGCCCUUCUUAGUACAAAGUUCACUAUUUAGUGACAUCAUUGAAUUGUACAAACAUAUGACGUCGUUUUCAUUCAUAAAUAUUUUGCAAUCAUUGAAAAUAACAAUCGUAGAAACUUAAUGACUUAACGUUUAUUGAUGCUACUGAAAAGCAUGCCAAUUAUCACCAAAUAUACAAUUUGUUGUUUCAUUACAUUUAUAUACAUGCUACAUUUAUGACAUUUCUUUUAGAGCGGGUUUAAGCACGUGCAUUUAACUGCAAUAUUUUCUUUAUUUAUUCGGAACUAUUUUCGAAGCAUUAAGCUCCGCCCAUAAGUUAUUGCAGAAUAACCCACACUUGAUUUCCUUCUUUGUCUAAAGAAAACAAGUCAUGUGCUGUGUUAGAAUACUAUUUAAAACAUUCAAUAUUCAAGUUGCAAUAUGACCAAACAAUAAUUUAGUGACAAAGAAAGAACAAAGUUGGAUUAUUAUUUUUUUAUUAACUGUUUCAUGUAAUCUGUCAACCCAAUUCAAACUUUGUCAAAACAUUUUUAGCUCAUCUAUUUUUUGAAAAAAAAUUAUGAGCUAUUGUCAUCACCUUGGCGUCGGCGUUGGCGUCGGCGUCCGGUUAAGUUUUGCGUUUAGGUCCACUUUUCUCAGAAAGUAUCAAUGCUAUUGCAUUCAAACUUGGUACACUUACUUACUAUCAUGAGGGGACUGGGCAGGCAAAGUUAGAUAACUCUGGCGUGCAUUUUGACACAAUUAUGUGCCCUUUUUAUACUUAAAAAAUUGAAAAAUUUGGUUAAGUUUUGCGUUUAGUUCCACUUUUCUCAGUAAGUAUCAAUGCUAUUGCAUUCAAACUUGGUACACUUACUUACUAUCAUGAGGGGACUGGGCAGGCAAAGUUAGAUAACUCUGGCAUGCAUUUUGACAGAAUUAUGUGCCCUUUUUAUACUUAGAAAAUUGACAAUUUUGGUUAAGUUUUGUGUUUAGGUCCAUUUUAUUCCUUAAGCAUCAAAGCUAUUGCUUUCAUACUUGCAACACUUACUAACUAUCAUAAGGGGACUGUGCAGGCAAAGUAAUGUAACUCUGACUGGCAUUUUGACAGAAUUAUGUGCCCUUUUUAUACUUAGAAAAUUGAAAAUUUGAUUAAGUUUUGUGUUUAGGUCCACUUUAUUCCUACAGUAUCAAAGCUAUUGCUUUCAUACUUGCAAGAUUUAUGAACUAUCAUAAGGGGACGGUGCAGGCAAAGUUAUGUAGCUCUGACUGGCAUUUGGACGGAAUUAUGGGCCCUUUAUACUUAGAAAAUUUAAAAUUUGGUUAAGAUUUAUGUUUUGGUCCACUUUACCCCUAAAGUAUCAUAGAUAUUGCUUUCAUACUUGGAACACUCACAAACUAUCAUAAGGGUACAGUAAAAGGACAAGUUGCAUAACUCUGGUUGUCAUUGUUAUGGAAUUAUGGCCCUUUUUUGACUUAGUAACUUUUAAUAUAUGGUUAAAUUUUGUGUUUCGAUCCACUCGAAGUAUCAAGGCUAUUGCUUUCAAACUUCAAAUACUUACAUGCUAUCAUGAGGUUACUGUACCUGGCAACUUGAAUUUUACUUUGACCUUUGAAUGACCUUGACUCUCAAGGUCAAAUUAUUAAAUUUUGCUAAAAUUGCCAUAACUUCUUUAUUUAUGAUUAGAUUUGAUUGAUACUUUGAUGAAACUACUCUUACCUGACAUACCACAAUAGACUUCACCCAAACCAUCCCCCGUGCCCUCCCCCCCUC